UAGUCUGUAGAUUGAUCUUAUUCGAAUUUCAGCAUUUAUAUAGUGUAAAUAAAUAAAGAUAAAUCACUGUUAACUAAAAAACCUAUUUAAGCACAAGUAAUUAGAGCACUAUGAGUUAAUAAUUAUACGUAAUUAAAAAGAAAUAGUUUUUGGUGGGUCUUUAACAUUUGCGGUAAAUACCCGUUUUCAAAUGUGAGUCAUACAAAUUUAUAUUAUGAAACAAAUUAUAUUUAUAAUUUGUAGUUUUCCCUCCGUAUCGUAAAUCGUUUAGUAUAAUGUGAGUCUUGGAAUCAAUUACUCGUACACAGUAAAUAAUAUAUUAUGUUUGAUUCUGAAGAAGAAUACGACGAGGAACUCGAAAAUUUUUUUAAAAUACACAAUACAUACCCAGAUAUGGAUGUCAGGAGGAUAGUGUACAUCGUGAUCGCAGUCGUGCUGCUGCUGCUGAUAAUAAGCUGCUGCCUGCGCCGGAAAAGGAAUCGAGGCCGAGUGCUGACGCCGGCGCCCGCGCCCCCCGCGCCCCCCGCACCCGCGCCCGCGCCCUACCCGCAGCAGCAGUACGCCGCGCCCUACCCGGUGCCCGUAGUGACGGCGUACCCCGUCGCACAAGCUGCCAGCCCUUACCCCGCUCCGACCCCUUAUGCCACAAACACCUCGCCCUAUCCCCCUUACCCGACCGGGAUGCCCGUGGCCACUCACCAGGCGGAGUCUCACACUGGACAGUACCCGCAGGGCUUCGCUCCGGGAGGAUAUCCCGCGGCUGGGGCGCCCUAUCCCACUGCGAGCUAUCCCUCCGCCCCGAGCGCUCCAGACGCUAACGUUUUCUUCGGAAUAGCAGCUCCCGGCUGGAACACGCAAGCGAUGCCGCCGUCGUACGAGCAGGCGGUGUGCGCCAAGCCGCCGCCGCCGCACAACCCGUACGCGCCGCGCUAGGCGCGCACGCACACACGCGCACGCACGCGCACGCACACACGCAGCGAGCCACGCGGUGCGGACGCUAUUCGACUUUAAUUUUAUUAACGUAGGAACAUAUCGAGGUGCGCGUUCUUAUGUUAAGUCACUGCCUUCGAAAAUAUUAUUUUUCAUUUAAAUGUUUCCAUCAUUCGAUUGAGAAAAGAUUUAUAAAUGGAUGUUGGUCUCGUGCCAUCUCAGACGGCAGCCACUCGCACUCUCCCUCUCUACCCUUUCACACGUAUCCAUACAGGUGCAUCGCUUUCAAUUAUAACUUCGCUUUAGUAGGAAUCGCAAUUGUUAAAAUAAUUUCCCCAAAUAAUGGGCACGCUCGUUUGUGCGGCGACGCUGGCGUCAUCGCUUAAAGUGUAACGAGGCAUAAUGACAGCGUAACGAUAGAAAUACUUGAAAGAUUUAAAUAAAUUGGUGCGCUACACACUGGUGCGAUUUGCUAUAAUUGAUGCACGAUCGACGUUGUGCAACCGCGAACUCAUUACGUGAGAAAUUAACGAUACGAAAUAAUUGAGUUUUAAUGUUGUUGCCGUCCGUACGGGCUGAGUACUUUCCCCAUUUAUGAAUCUUUGCCACUAUCGCGUUGUGUAAUAUUGUUGUAAAGUCUAAUCACUGAACACAUAUAUCGGUUCUAUUGUAUGUACCGGGUGCCAUUUUAUCUCUUAUGUGAUUACUGUCACCGAAUAAUGGUUACACUGAAUUGCCUUUUAUUGUAUGGAUAAUAAAACAUUAUUCCUUUAAUAACUACGAUAUUGAUGUUGUUGUAAGAAAAUAUAGUUGUUAUGAUAUUGUCUCUUUCGUAUAGCUGUAUAAAACUAGCACUAGAAAGAGACGACCAUUUAGAUCGUAAGUCCUUUUAAUAAUAAUAUAAGGCUAAGUACAUUUAGAUUUCGAGGCUGUUGGCUCAAAUCGAACGAUUUUAUCUUCCGUAGUCGAAAUGUGAACGCAUUGUCUCGUCGUAGUUUUUCUUAGAAUUGUUUACUAAUUUAUAAACUCAUCGAGCGACACAUUUAAAGUAUAUUAAUUAUUAAGUAGAACUAUAUUUGUGGUUUUUUCAAAUAAUGUCAUUGGAAUAACUUGAGAAUUUAUGUGUUUUUUUUCUAAAGCGAAUGGAAUAAGCAGGGUUAUUUUGAUUUUGUGUUUUUUUGACCACUUUCCGUAAAACUUUAAGCGAAUUUGUGCAAACUUUAUAAAUGUUCGGUUUACUUGAACAAAUUGUUUAUAAUAAUAGUUCGUAAGACUGAUAUUUGAUGAAUGUCGUAGUAUUAUAGAUUAUUAUUAUUAUAUUAAAACGUCACACUUCUACGUCAGGCGAGAUUAUGGUGCGCUUUGUUUCCUAAUAAACUAAGAAUAUAUGAUAUAUGUACUGUACAUAAUGUAGCGCAGCGCUCCAAACAUUCCUCCCGUCUCAUUAAUAGAUAAUUAUAUGAAACACAUUAAUUCCGAGCGGCCGCCAGUUACCCCCCCCCCCCAGCGCGCCCACUCGGGGCGUCAAGUACGUUCGCGAACAUUCGUACGUAUAUUACACUUUUCAAAAUCAAAAUAUACUUUAUUCAAGUAGGCCCUUGCAAGCUCUUUUGAUCGUCACAAAAUACAAAGUUACGUUAGUUAAAUACAAUUAUUCACACAUGUAUGAUAUAUCCUGCCUGAAAGUCAACAAGUUUUUUAUCUUCAAUCAAUAUAUAAGUAGAAUGAAUGUUCUGUCCGGUCGUGUCGACGUGUUCAUUUGAUACAACGCUAGUCUGUCUGUGUAGCGGCUUGUUACGCACGCGACCACUCGUUACAUACCCUCCUUUACAUUUUAUAUAAGUAGCGUGUUAUUUGUUAUUCGUUUGAAGAUGUAUUAUCUAAAAAUGUUCGAUAUAUUAUAUUUCAUAUAAUUUAAUGUAAGUUUAAACGUGUUUUUACUUCCGAAAUGCUAUUAAAAUUUAUAUUUGUCGCCAAUAAUAAAAUAUUACUAUUGCUCAGACAUUUAAAAUAAUAUAAAUAAAUCAAACGUAUUAUUAUGGAAUAGUCGUUGAAAUUUAUGUAAUCAUCCUACAAACCCACAGUUGCCAAAAUAUUUAAUGUUAGAUAUCGCAGCUCGUGAGCAAGAGUGCUCUCAAAUUAUUCACAAUCACCGAGUGGACAGAUUGUCCCUCUUAUCUAAAACAUAUCUCGGUUCGUUAUCAGCGCCUUCAUCUUCCUCCGUAGUGUUUACGAUCUUAAUACAUAUAUUUUUUACCUAAUUUAAUAGCUUAGAGACUUGCGUCUGCGGUACAGCAUAAGAACAGGACAUAACGCCUCGAACCGCAGGCGGACAUAUACCUACAUAUAAAAGUAAUUUUUGUAGACAUUAAAUAAAUAUUAAAAGUCAGUUAACAAUGUUAAGCGAAGACGCGGGCGAUGACUAACUCGAUUGCUCAUUACAUUUGCUCGUUUUACCACAAACGCGGCGAUCGCUGUCACGUGACAGGAAUUUUAGACCAAUCGGUAUUGCUGUGAAUGCGUCGUGUGUUGGUGUUCGGAAACGAGUGAUCGUCGGUACAAACAUCUGUGGUGUUACCAGAUAGAAAAUCGUACGAGCAACGUGCAGCAAACACCUCGUAAAAAAAUAAGUACUAACCGGCAUUAUAAAAUAUUCUGUCUCCCUCAAACUUCCUCUAUGAAAUGUUGUAAACAAUUUACCGAUACUGGAAAUUGUCGUUUAUGAAAAUAUUGUCUGUAUUUUUUGAGAAUAAGGAAUAUGUGUCGCAUCUAAAUAAUGUAACUCUAUUAUUAUUGUUUAAAGUGUUACUAGUUGUUGACAUUAAAGUCGCAGGAUAGGUUUUAUAAUUUAUGUUUCAGACACAGUAUUGUAUUUACAAGUUAUAGUUCUAAAGAUUCGUUACAUGUCGUUCAAGUCUCGGCAGAUGUUCGCCGCGCGACUUUAAUGCGUACACUCGUAACAGAUGGUGCAUUUCUAUUCCUCACUUCGAUGACUGAGAGUUUAUUUUGUAUUUAAAUUAAACCAGAUUAUCUUGAA